AGCUACCUGAUAAUUCGACGCUUAUUUCGUCAGUGUGAAAAUUACAGACCACGAAAUGCCUACCUGCUCGGAUUUCAUUAAGGACUACUGUUCAAAUUGUACUUUUGCUGGCGUCCAUUUUAUUGCUGACGAUACGAAGCACUGGAUUGAAAGAUUGGUUUGGUUAGUGCUCGUGAUACUGUCAUGGUACGGGUCGGCAGUGCUCAUCAUCGCAGCCUGGGAUGCCUUCAUCAUCAACCCCAUCAGCUUUGGCGUGGAGACCACGUACACCGAGUGGAACACUGAAAUGCCAACGGUUGCUAUCUGCGAGUCGGCCAACGAUGAUAAAGUUUACAAUGUUUCCGACACUAUCUGGCCACCUGAUCAUCUUUUGGACCUUGAAGACGCCCUUAAAGACAUCGCUUUCUUCCGUGGUGUCAGCUAUAGCCUCAUCGAAAUCUGUUACAACAUGCACGAACCAGACCCUCUCUGCCCAAAGUCAAAUUACAGCUAUUAUGCGAAAUUAGUGCGCAGUGACUGCCCUACAAUCAUCAGGAACUGUUCUUACAACGACAGACCGUUCAGCUGCUGCGAAUAUUUUCAGCCUCUCGACACUGAUUUAGGCCCCUGUUUCAUACUGAACUCUAUUCAGGUCAAAAACCCAAAACCGUUUCCAAUGGUAAGCAACAGGGUGCAUAAACGAGGAGUGAUCAGAUUCCAAAUAUUAGUCCCAACUACGGUGUAUACCAUAGGCCCCGAAGAGGUUCCUAGUAUCACGACUCUUCAAUAUUCUACUCUUAAAGUUCAUCCUGGUCAUAAAUAUCGGCGCCUGGUAACUGUGAGAAACAUCGAGAACGAUCCUCUGGUGGUGGAGACGACGUCAAAGCAGCGGGCUUGUCGGUUCUACCACGAGAACGAGGAUGGGCUGUACCCUCACUACUCCUACAGCGCCUGCACGGUGCUUUGCCGCAAGCGCGCGCAGAUGGAGAUAUGCCACUGCAACGACCACUUCAUGCUGGGCACUACGCCAGCAGAACACUGCAACAUAUCUGGUAUGGCCUGUCUCCAUGGCUUGGCGAGCCACCUGACCACACUCAAGCCUCAUUGGGCCAGUCGGCCAGGCCUGACUUGUGACUGCCUGCCCUCUUGCAAUGAGACAGAGAUCACCGUCGUCAAGGAUGGCGACACUCCGAACGGGAAAGGCAAUAAGAAGAAAGCAGAAAUAGAACUAACCUUAGCAUAUUUGCCAACUGAAAGAUUCAAGAGGAACGUAGUACGAAGUCGUUUAGAUUUAGUUGUUUCUAUAGGUGGCACGACAGGACUCUUCGUUGGAGCCAGCCUUCUAAGUUUUGUGGAGCUGAUAUUUUACUUCACAAUCCGUUUUGCGAACGACAUUUGGAUGGAGAGGCAAAAACGCAAACCAAAUGCAGUGAAUAAACUGCAGAAUACUGCAUCUGGCACGAACAUUAAAGUUGAGGAUGUAAGUGCUUUGGAGGGAAAUCCAAAAGGCCCCUAUGAAAACAGUGGAGUGGGAAAUUUGAGGUUGUUACUACCUCUGAAAUCUAAAUAAUAAUAAAUGAAGUGCUCUA